GCCACAGAUCGAGCCUCUGCUACACAGACUCAGCAAUCUUCGACCAUGGCGGAUGUGGAGACAGAGGUGGCGGCCGGACAGCCCAAGAAGAGGACGUUCAAGAAGUUUAGCUUCAGGGGUGUUGAUUUGGAUGCACUCCUUGACAUGUCCACUGAUGAGCUUGUGAAGCUCUUCCAUGCCCGUGCUCGUAGAAGGUUCCAGAGGGGUCUCAAGAGGAAGCCCAUGGCAUUGAUCAAGAAGCUACGCAAGGCGAAAAGGGAGGCUCCACCUGGUGAGAAGCCAGAGCCAGUGAGAACCCACCUGCGCAAUAUGAUCAUUGUCCCUGAAAUGAUUGGAAGCAUUAUUGGUGUAUACAAUGGCAAGACAUUCAAUCAAGUUGAAAUCAAGCCUGAGAUGAUUGGGCAUUAUCUUGCCGAAUUCUCUAUCUCAUACAAGCCUGUAAAGCAUGGUAGACCCGGCAUUGGUGCCACACACUCAUCUAGGUUCAUCCCUCUUAAGUGAUAUGUCUUCUCCAGCAGCCUAGACAUUCAAUGCUUUGUUAUUGUGGGAAAUCACCAACAUUGACAGUUUUUGUUUAUCAAUCUUUGAAUUGCUUGAUAUAACAAUUUACAUUUAUUUAGUUAUUUCUGUUUAUGGUACCAAGUCGUAUGCUAU